GUUGAAAUUAAAAUGGAGAAUAUCACCACUGAACUUAACGAGCUCAAGGCUAGCAUCCAAGCUACAUAUAUCGAGCUAAAGGGAAUCACCCAGAGGACUGACCGCCUCGAAGCUCAAGAGGAAAUCAAUGAUGGCUUGAAGAGGAUUUAUGCCAUUGUUAAGAAAACCGUCUUCCAUCAACUCAUUGGCCUUCAGAAAAUAGCUUUAAAGCUUGACAAUGAGGCUAAGAUAAAGCAACUUGACAAAGAGAUCAACCAAAUUGAGGAUAAGGAAAAUUCAUAUGAGCUUGAAGGACUCACCAAGAACCUAAAAUUUCUAGCCGAUAAAAAUAGCAAGCUAGUUAGUGAGAAUAAAUCUUUAAAAGGCAUUAUACACAAAAUUAACGAAGGCUGAGAAAAGAAAAAGGAAAACCUUGAUCCCUCUAGAGUCGCCCAAACUAGCAAUACAAAGCCACGAAUGUCAGAUUAUAAUAAUGAUACUGAUGUGAAUCAGGCAUCUAAGAGUGCCACUAGUCUUGAUACAAUUUGAGAUAAUGAAUGAGGUAUCCAAGCAAGUAAAUACCUCAAGUAUAUGCCAAGUAUCAAUGCAUCUGAUAAUUCAACGAAAGGCGGAAAAACAGCAAAGAACCAUGACCAGAAAAGAGGAGCCAGUAGAAACAGAUUCUGCUCACAAGCAGAUUCUACUAAAAUCGAAGCUAAAAAGACUCGGAAAAAGAGUUGAAAUAACUUCUCAGUCAAGGGUACUUCCAAAAGCAAGUUUAAAAGAAAAGAUAGGUUCUCUCCUACGAAUGAUGUCAGCAUGACUACCAAAGUGAUUAGGAUAGAAGACCUUGAUAAAAGCAUCAAUGUGCUCCAUAGCUGUAUCAAUAAAUCUAAGAACAAUUACAGGUCAAGAGACAAGAAGAGGUACAGGCAUAAUGAGCCAAAUUACUCGAAUUACAUUAGCUGUAAAAAUCCAGUGAAGUCUUCAACAUCUCUUAAUACUACUGCAUUGAAGGAGAACAGGCAAGGCUCCAGAAUGUAUCAUAAGUUAUCAUGAAACCGGAAGAUGUAUGAAUCCUUAGAGGAACUGAAAACCGGGCAUACGUCUUUAAUCGAUUGUAAAUAAGCCAGAAGGUCCAAAAAGAUCUGAUGUUUUUAGAUCCAAGAAAUUAACUCUUCAAGAUGAUGAAUACAAUUGAUCCAAUAAUGAGAGCAAAUAUACACCUUUAUCUCAUAUGGGAGGUUCUGUUAGGCCAACUUCCCUUCAGAAGAAGAGAGAUGAGAGAAAACUAUUAAAGAAACAGCUAGCAAAUGAAUAACUGCCAUUCAACAUUUCAA